AUGGUGAUAUGUGUGACGUUCAACAUACUGCUGCUAGCGGCCGGGGUGGUGCUGAACGGCACUUUGCUGCUGAUCCUGGUGCGCGAGAAGAGCAUGCGCACGAUGCCCAACGCCUACAUCGCAAACCUGGCCAUAGCCGACCUGGUGCUCAUAACCACCUUCCUGCCGCUGUUCACCUCCGACGUGUACACGCAGAUGUGGCUGUUCGGCAACACCCUCUGCAAGAUCGUCAACUUCCUGAACGUGAGCCUGUUCGCGGUGUCGGUGUUCACGUUCACGGCGCUGAGCGCAGAGCGCUACUACACGACGCGCCACUUCCUGCAGCGCGCGCGGCCCGGCGCCGGCGCCAGCGCCUCCGACGGCCAGGUCACCUUCGUGGUGAUCGCCGUCAUCUGGACGGCCGCGUGCGCGCUCGCGCUGCCCUUCGGCCUGAACGCGCGCGAGAUCGACGACAGCUGCGUGCGCGUCAAGUACUCGGAGGACGGCGACAGCUUCACCUUCUGCGUCAUCCUGAUCGAGCUGGUGGCGCUGUUCGCCGUGCCGGCGGCGCUCAUCACCGUCUUCCACGUGCUCACGUCGCGCGAGAUCUCGCGCAGCGUCGCCAACAUCCCGGGCGAGCGCGCCGGCCACCGCGCGCGCAUCCGGCAGCGCGAGAAGUCUGCGCUGCUGCUAUUGGCGCUCGUGCUCACCUUCCUGGUGUUCAACCUGCCCUACUACGUGCACAAGGUGUGGAUCCUCGUGUACUUCCGCAACUACGACGACUACACGCCGGCCGACACCGAGCCGUGGUUCUUCUUCGCCGAGAUCGCCAUGUGCGUCAAGCACGUCCACGCUUGCGUCAGCCCCGUCGUGCUCUACUUCAUGAGCGACUCCUUCAGGAAACACUUCAACAGAUACCUGUUCUGCUGCUGCUGCGGCUGCUGCAGCUGCUGCACGAACAAGAAGGCUACAGAAGCUGUCAGUGUUCGCCACAUUUCAGGCACUUCAGGCACAAAUACGCAAAGUACCCUUACUUGUCUCGACUAG